AUGAGCGGCUCGCGCCGUCCGCCGCAUCGGUCUCGAGACCGCGACCACGGCAGACACCGAGGCGACGAUGACGACGAACCCAGCUACGAUUAUAGCUACGAUCACGAUAACAACGAUGACCACGAUCGUUCUAAUGCGCGGCGACGGGAAAGUAGAGUGAGAGAGAGUAGGACAAGAAGAAGCGGGUACCGUGGUGUUCACGGCGAGGAGGAUGCUGUCAUUACCCCGAACGAGGACGAUGAUGUGUUUGAUGAUAGAAAGAAUAGACGGAGGAGAGACCAUCGUCGGUCGAGGGACAGACGGGCACAAGCACAUGAGGACCAUGACGGUGAAGAUAGCUACGGCGAACCCGUGUCAGAGAGUGAGGUGAUUGUCGUUGAUUCACGGCCAACGUUCUCGCGGCCGCCAAACGUUAAGCCUGCACGAGUCGAACGGCGAGAAAGGGAUCGAGAAAGGGACCGAGAAAGAGACCGGGAUAAAAAUGCGUACUACCCUAGUCCCAGGGGAGGACAUAAAGCAAAAGAGUCGCCCGCCACCUCACCUAUCAAGAAACGGGACCGCGAACGGGACCGUGAGGGACAUAAUAGACACCGGCCCAGGAGGGAUAGCACAGCUGAUGAAGACGGUGACGGACGGUUAAGAGGUCGGAGGAGGAGAGAUCAUGACAGUGGUCAAGAACGGGAACACCGGGGUACAGGAGCGACAGGCCGACGUGAGAGGCGAGAGAAACACACCAGCAACGACUCGGCGAAUAGCGCAACGGUGCUACUCAGUUCUAAUGCGCUUGCGCAACUUGAUCAACUAAACCGGAAGACUGACCAGGAGACUAAGAAGAAGGUCCGCAAGGAGGAAGAAAAUCAACAUAAAAAGGAGAAAAAGGAGAAAAAGGAGAAAAAGAAGAGAUAUAUCUUUGAGAGCGGAUUUGUUGGAGAUAGUGUCCGCGGGAACAAGGAUAGGGAUGGGGAGAAAGGGUGGGAGAGCUCAGGGGACUUGAAAAGGAAAAAGAAGAGAGAGAAGGACAGGGAAAAGGAGAAGAGGAGACUUGUUUCUGGUGCUUACUUGGAGGAAGCCGUCGCAGUCGUGGUAUCGAAGAAGAAUGGCGACGGCGGUACUCACCCAGACGGCCCUGUAACCACUGGCCCGUCACAUAGUGAGCUCGACGGGAUAAGUCCGGAUAGUAUACCACCCGAGGCGAAAGGCACCCACCUUGAUCCGUUUACAUGGUACGACACGGCUGAUUUCAACGUCACCUAUACUGACGAGACAGUCGGCGGCCUACCUAUCAUGGGCCUAAAUUCAACCUGGGACGACUCAGCGCAAGCAAACAAGAAUGUUCCAGCCCUCAGCAAGGGGUUCCCCUACGGCAAACAGCCCGUCCGAGGCGUUAAUGUCGGCGGCUGGCUCUCCAUGGAACCGUUUAUCACACCGUCGUUCUUCCAGAGAUACUCCGCGCGAGACGAAGUCGUGGAUGAAUAUACCCUUACCAAACGCUUGGGCAAUGCUGGCAAAUCUACUAUAGAAAAGCACUACGCGACCUUCAUCAACGAACAAUCCUUCAAAGAGAUAAGGGAUGCAGGGUUUGACCAUGUUCGAAUUCCUUAUGGCUACUGGGUAGCUACAACCUACGAUGGUGACCCCUAUUUUGCCAAGAUGGGCUGGCGAUAUCUUCUACGGGCUAUUGAAUAUUGCAGGAAAUUCGGCCUGCGCGUCAACCUUGACCUCCAUGGUGUCCCAGGCAGCCAGAAUGGAUGGAACCACUCUGGCCGUCAGGGUGAGAUAAAGUGGCUUAACGGCGAUGAUGGGGCUAAAUGGGGCCAACGAGCACUUGAUCUCCAUGAUCAGCUGUCGAAGUUCUUCGCUCAACCUCGAUAUAAGAAUGUGAUUGCUCUGUACGGCCUCGCGAACGAGCCAAUGAUGUUGAAGUUGGAGAUCGAACCUGUUAUCGACUGGACAACUAAGGCUGCUGAUAUCGUGAGUGGAAACGGAAUGAAGCAGAAGAUUGUCUUUGGAGAUGGUUUCUUAAAGCUAUCCAAGUGGUCAAAUAUAUUGCAAAGCACGGGGCAUGACAUGGUGCUAGACACCCACCAGUACACUAUCUUUAACGCCGAUCUAAUCAAGUUGAAGCACAAGGAGAAGUUGAAAUUCGUAUGUGACGGAUGGGUCGAUUUGAUCAGCAACAGCAACACGAAAGGAACAGGAUGGGGUCCAACUAUUUGUGGCGAGUGGUCCCAGGCCGAUACAGAUUGUACCCUCUACAUCAACAGCGUCGGCGUUGGAGCUCGCUGGACUGGCAACAUGGACAAAAACCCCAUUGGUGGUGACCCAGUGCUCACCCCGUCAUGUCCCAGUGGGAAACAAUGCUCCUGCGACGCAGCGAAUGCCGACCCAGCGCAAUAUUCAGACUCCUAUAAGAAAUGGCUAAAGCUGUAUGCUGAAGCUCAGAUCUUUGCAUUCGAAAAGGGCUGGGGAUGGUUCUAUUGGACUUGGGACAGCGAGUCGGCUGCCCAGUGGAGUUGGAAAAAAGGGAUGGCCGCAGGUAUUCUGCCGAGUAAAGCAUAUGAACCGGAGUUCAAGUGUGGAGAUAUUCCUGAUUUUGGCGAUUUGCCUGAAAACUAUUGA